GGUGCCUUUCCCGGGCGUCUCCCCACCACCUCCUCAACUUCCCUCGUCCGUGAAGCUGCGCCCGGGAGGAAUCCGACGGGACAGGGGUCGCGGGGCCGCGAGCUGCAGGUGGGCGCCCGGUGUGUGCAAACCCGUGCGGCUCUGUGUGAGGGCAGAGCCUGUCGGGCUGGGGCCGCGGGAGCGGAGAGGAGUGGGGCAGUGACAGCGAGGGGAGCGGGCGGCAGGGGCUGGAGGCUGCUGUGACCCGGGGGCCGUGACAGCGAGGGCGCCGCGGCCGGGAGGGGGCCGCCCGCGAGGGGGCUGCGACCCGGGAGCGGUGAAUGCACAGGGACCCCGACCUCCGCGCGCACGACGCAGAGGUUGCGAGGGGACCGUGACCCCAGUGCGCGGCGGGGGCUGCGACCAGGGGCCGGUCAUUCCGAGGAGACCGGUCGAUGGACGGGGACGGACGGGGACGAUACUUUGAAGGGAGCACGAAGCAGCGGCUGUGGAGAGGGGCUGACGGAGGGGCAGGAACUUCGAGGGGCCGACCUGGAGAAGAGAGGGGCCCCUGACGAGAUGGUAACCCUGCAGGGCCGUGUGUGGGCGCGGGUGUGCCUGCGUGGCCGUGACUGGGCGGAGAAGGUCUUGGGUGGAAAGGACACCGGUCAGGGACUCACCCUGCCGCCCCGAGUUGAACUCUACGGGCCAGCUCGUGGCCGGGAGCGCACUCCGCACCUGAGCCCGCUCAGGCAACCGGGAGUCCGGACCAGAGGAACAGCCGGCUUCCCCCUCCGUGCACGGGAAGUUCGGACUGGAGGAAUGUUCCCGAGACCAGGGGUUCCAGCCUGUUAUGGAGUUGAGACAUCCAUUUAGUGGACGGCACCUGCAUUUAAAAAAAAAAAAAAAAAGAAUAGAAUAGAAAUGUUCACUGUGCUCACAAAGAAGGUAGCAAAGAUGAUGCAUCCAAGCAACAUCUAUUGGAACACUGAAGAAUAAAAGAAGUAGUGUGUACUGGAAGAAGAUGGAUGCACAGAGUUCAGCCAAAGUCAACACAAGAAAGAGGAGGAAAGAGGCACCUGGACCCAAUGGGGCAACAGAGGAAGAUGGGAUUACUUCCAAAAUGCCACGCUGUGCAGUUGGCUUACGGCAGCCAGCUCCUUUUUCUGAUGAAAUUGAAGUAGACUUUAAUAAGCCCUAUGUCAGGGUAACUAUGGAAGAAGCCAGCAGAGGAACUCCUUGUGAGCGACCUGUGAGAGUUUAUGCAGAUGGAAUAUUUGACUUAUUUCAUUCUGGUCAUGCCCGGGCUCUGAUGCAAGCAAAGAACCUUUUCCCUAACACAUACCUCAUUGUGGGAGUUUGCAGUGAUGAGCUAACGCACAACUUCAAAGGCUUCACAGUGAUGAACGAAAGUGAGCGUUACGAUGCAGUGCAGCACUGCCGCUACGUGGAUGAGGUGGUGCGGAACGCGCCCUGGACCCUGACUCCGGAGUUCCUGGCAGAGCACCGGAUUGAUUUUGUGGCCCAUGAUGACAUCCCUUAUUCUUCCGCAGGAAGUGAUGAUGUUUAUAAGCACAUUAAGGAAGCAGGCAUGUUUGCUCCAACACAGAGGACAGAAGGUAUCUCUACAUCAGACAUCAUCACCCGAAUUGUCCGGGACUAUGAUGUGUAUGCCAGACGGAACCUACAGAGGGGCUACACGGCAAAGGAGCUCAAUGUCAGCUUUAUCAACGAGAAGAAAUACCAUUUGCAGGAACGGGUUGACAAAGUAAAGAAGAAAGUGAAAGAUGUGGAAGAAAAGUCAAAAGAAUUUGUUCAGAAGGUAGAGGAAAAAAGCAUUGACCUCAUUCAGAAAUGGGAGGAGAAAUCCCGAGAAUUCAUUGGAAAUUUCCUGGAAAUGUUUGGUCCGGAAGGAGCACUGAAACAUAUGCUGAAAGAGGGGAAAGGCCGGAUGCUGCAGGCCAUCAGCCCAAAGCAGAGUCCCAGCAGCAGCCCCACUCGAGAGCGCUCCCCGUCCCCCUCUUUCCGAUGGCCCUUCUCUGGCAAGACUUCCCCUUCUUCCUCCCCAACAAACCUCUCCAGGCACAAGGCUGCAGCCUAUGAUAUCAGUGAAGAUGAAGAAGACUAAUUUUUCAACCCUCCUUUCCUCUCCCCUCCUUUGUCCCAUCACCUUCAGAAGCUCUCUGUUGAAUUCCAAAUUGUGAUCCCAACAAUAAACCUAAGGACAGCUACAAAGGAAAGACAA